ACCUUCCCAACAUGAAGGUGCUCACCUUGUUUCUUGCUGUGCUAGCCCUUGCUGCCACCACUGAAGGGUCUCCGGGUUUCCAGAGCAGCCGCUGUAAGUGCCUGGGAGCCAUGGCUGACUUCAUUCCCCGGAAGCUGAUCGGCAGAGUGGAGGUGCUGCCGGCGACCACCACGUGUGAGCAGACGGAGAUCAUUAUCACGUUGAAGGGCUCAAAGGAGGAGCGCUGCUUGAAUCCUGCCACUCAACGAAUGCAAGCAUUUGUCACCAAGUUCCUGGGAGGAAGGAUUCUCCACAGCAAAGAAAAAAAGCACAAAUAAUGCUGCACUGAUGGAGCCGCUCUGAC